AUGCGUUCAUCGCUUGUUGUGACCUCGGUCCCGCGAUCUGCUACAGUCAUCCUCGCUGUAUUCAUUGCAGUCGGUACUACUCUUGGUACUUGUCGGCGACCUGGUUCUGACUCCCCUCCAAUUGGCGUACUUGCACAAUCUGGAUUUCCUGGAGUUUCUGGUGUUUUUGGACUUACCACAUUAUCUAUCACAAUAGGUACAGACGGUGUAACACCACCGCGUAAAUUGUAG